AUGACAAUAGGCAUAGGCUUUCUAGACGAAAAUAUUAAUCACAGAAAUCAUUUACGAUUGCAGAAUUCAAUAAAUAUUGCUGGUUCAAGUUCUGGACAGAACAGUGGAAGUGUUAUACCACAGAAGCGUUUGUUUACAUCGAGUAAUCCAGCUUUUAUGGACGGUACCGACCGUUCACAUGAUUUAAAUGCCUGUGGUUCAGAAUUUGCGCGUUCUGCGGACGAUGUUAUACGUCACGCCCAAAUUUUAGAACCAAAAACGGAAGGCUCGAUAAAACUUAAUAUAUCGAAUUUGGGAUCACUUCGACAGAAAGUAACUACGUCGCGUUUGGCAGCUAAAACGGAAUGUACGAAACGAACUAGCAAUGUUAAGUUCUUCAGUGUUUAUAUUGAUUGCAACCCAGAAAGUGAGUCGACAUUGUGGAGCUGCGAUGCUAUUGUCGAAUUUCGUUUGAUUUCUCAAAAACCAGACAUUCCAAAUUUUAGUCGUCAGUUUACAAAUAAAUUCAAUUAUAAUUCAAAUAAUUGGGGUUUUCCGUCGUUUAUGGAGUGGAGCGAUAUUUUAAAUACCGAGAAGGGUUUUAUUCGUGCUGAUCGUGUGGUAGUUGAGGCGCAUAUUACUGUACAGAAAGUUGUUGGUGUCAGAAAAAAUCCAACAUUUGAGUUUACCUUGCCGCAACCACAUAUAUCAGAUGGUGUUCUUGUGAUUGAUGGAAUCCGUUUGCAUGUUAGUAAAACGUACUUGGCAUUAUAUUCUCCUGUAUUCCACGCAAUGUUUUUCUCCAAGUUCAGUGAGAGAAAUAAGAAAGAAAUAACUGUUGAAGAUGUCAUUUUGGACGAAUUUAUAGAAAUGCUAAGCGUUGUGUAUCCAUCUCAUAAACCCGUAUCAGCGGAAAAUGUGGAAUUUUUAUUGGAAUUAGGUGACAAGUUUGAAGUUCAAUUUGUAAUCGAUGAGUGCGAAAAGUUCUUAAUGCGUUCGGAUGAUAUUGCAGUAGUAACCAAGCUUGUUUGGGCCGACCAGUAUUGUCUUGCGAAGCUACAGGAUGUUUGUGUUCGAACUUUCAAGCAGCCAGGUGAUAUAAAGGCUUUGAAGCAGACAGAAGAAUAUAAAAAUCUGAGCGAUACAACAAAAGCUGCACUUCUUGAGAAAAUUUUCAAACUACUAUAA